GUCUGAUAUGAAGGUUUUGACGCAAGCACUAGAUUAUUCAACCAGCAUCUCGGUCUCUGUAUGAAGUCUGAGCAGAUAAGUUUCACGUUGCCCUUCCUCUGUGGCUUGUCCUGUCUCGGAUGGUGUAAUCCUGCAAGUCGUGUCCAAACCUCUCAAAACUGGGCUGUGCUUCAGGUUUUUACUGAUAAAAGGGGCAUCAAAAGCUAAAAUGCUCAAGUCGAAGUGGCAGAUAACUCAAAGGAAGCUUGUGUGUAAGGAGAGAGUCUUCAGCUAUGACUAACCCUUAUGCACACAUCAUUGAGCCUCUGAACUCCCAGAAGCCUGAAUACAAGUUUUUCAAUCUCAGAAAGCUUGGAGACCCCCGCUAUGAACACCUACCUUUCUCCAUCCGUGUGCUGUUGGAGUCGGCGGUAAGGAACUGUGAUGAGUUCCUGGUAAAGAAAGAUGACGUGGAGCGUAUACUUGACUGGAAGCAGACCCAGACUCAGACGGUGGAGGUGCCCUUCAGGCCUGCUCGCGUCAUCCUGCAGGAUUUCACUGGGGUUCCUGCAGUGGUGGAUUUUGCUGCAAUGCGUGACGCAGUAAAGAAGCUGGGUGGAGAUCCUGAGAUGAUCAACCCUGUGUGUCCUGCUGACCUAGUCAUUGACCAUUCCAUUCAGGUGGACUUCAACAGGAAGUCUGAUAGUCUCCAGAAAAACCAAGAACUUGAAUUUGAAAGAAACAAGGAACGUUUUGAGUUUUUAAAGUGGGGUUCAAAGGCAUUCCAGAAUAUGCGCAUCAUUCCUCCAGGGUCGGGAAUAGUGCAUCAGGUGAACCUGGAAUAUCUAGCCCGGGUCGUGUUUCAGCAGGAUGGCUACUAUUACCCUGACAGCCUAGUGGGCACUGAUUCACACACCACCAUGAUUGAUGGCCUGGGAGUGUUGGGCUGGGGUGUGGGAGGUAUUGAAGCUGAGGCGGUUAUGUUGGGUCAACCAAUCAGUUUGGUCCUCCCAGAGGUCAUUGGGUACAAACUCCAGGGCACGCCCAACAAGUACAUCACCUCCACUGAUAUUGUUCUAACUGUCACAAAGCAUUUGCGUCAGGUUGGUGUGGUCGGAAAGUUUGUGGAGUUCUUUGGGCCUGGUGUAGCUCAACUUUCCAUCGCAGACCGUGCCACUAUUGCCAACAUGUGCCCAGAGUAUGGUGCUACAGCCGCCUUCUUUCCUGUUGACCACAUCAGUGUCCAGUAUCUUGAGCAAACAGGGCGAGAUGCUGAGAAGCUGAGUUACAUUACACAGUACCUGAAAGCAGCUGGCAUGUUUAGGGACUACACCAAUGAGGCUCAGGAUCCAGAAUUUACUAAGGUUGUUGAACUUGAUCUCAGCACAGUUGACCCUUGCUGCAGUGGGCCGAAGCGGCCACAGGACAAAGUGGCCGUAUCAGAAAUGAAGCAGGACUUUGAGACUUGUUUAGGAGCCAAGCAAGGCUUUAAGGGGUUUCAGGUGCCUCCUGAACGCCAUCAUGUCAGCAUGCCAUUCCAGUAUAAUGGGGUGGACUAUUCUCUCUCUCACGGCUCUGUGGUUAUCGCUGCCAUCACCAGCUGCACAAACACCAGCAACCCUUCUGUUAUGCUGGGUGCAGGUCUCCUGGCAAAGAAGGCCAUCGAAUGUGGCUUAAGUGUGAAGCCUUACAUUAAGACUAGUCUGUCUCCCGGUAGUGGAGUGGUCACCUAUUAUCUGAAGGAAAGUGGUGUAAUGGAGUACCUCUCACAAUUGGGUUUUGAAGUGGUCGGUUAUGGCUGCAUGACCUGCAUAGGAAACAGCGGUCCUCUUCCAGAGCCGGUUGUAGAGGCCAUCACUCAGGGAGAUCUGGUAGCGGCAGGUGUUCUGUCUGGCAACAGGAACUUCGAAGGUCGUGUACACCCUAACACACGUGCCAACUACUUAGCAUCUCCUCCACUGGUCAUUGCUUAUGCACUUGCAGGAACAGUAAGAGUUGACUUUGAAAAGGAGCCCAUUGGGGUGAAUACAGAGGGGAAGAAGAUUUUUCUAAGGGAUAUCUGGCCCACGCGAGAGGAGAUCCAGGCUGUGGAAAGGCAGUUUGUUAUCCCCGCCAUGUUCAAAGAGGUUUAUGAGAAAGUCGAGAAAGUAAAUGAGCGCUGGAACUCUCUAAAUGCACCUUCUGACAAGCUCUACACCUGGGACCCGAAGUCCACUUACAUCAAGUCUCCACCUUUCUUUGAUGGACUGACCAGAGAGCUUCCAAAGCCUAAGUCUGUUGUAGACGCAUAUGUGCUCCUCAAUUUGGGGGAUUCAGUGACCACGGACCACAUCUCUCCAGCCGGAAACAUUGCUCGUAGCAGUCCUGCUGCUCGCUACCUGACCAGUCGUGGACUAACACCUCGAGAGUUUAACUCGUAUGGCUCUAGGCGUGGUAAUGAUGCCGUCAUGGCUCGGGGAACGUUCGCUAACAUCCGCCUUUUAAACAAGUUCCUCAGCAAGCAGGCACCUUGCACCAUCUACCUGCCUACAGGGGAGACGCUGGAUGUGUAUGAUGCUGCAGAGAAGUACCAGGAGGCAGGUUACCCACUGCUGGUGCUGGCUGGGAAGGAGUAUGGUUCCGGCAGCUCUAGAGACUGGGCAGCCAAAGGACCGUUCCUGCUGGGUAUCAAAGCUGUAUUGGCGGAGAGCUAUGAGCGGAUCCACCGCAGUAACCUGGUGGGUAUGGGGAUCAUUCCUCUGGAGUAUCUGCCUGGAGAAACAGCUGAGAGCCUGGGGCUGACAGGCCGAGAGCGCUACACUGUGGUCAUCCCUGAACAGCUCACACCCAGAAUGAUUGUUGAAAUUAAGUUGGACAACGGAAAGAUGUUCCAGGCUCGGAUGCGGUUCGACACUGACGUGGAGCUCACCUACUUCCACCAUGGCGGCAUCCUGAAUUACAUGAUCCGCAAGAUGACAGAAAAGUAGAGGUUGUCUCGUCACCCUCCAGUGUAGCUGAUGGUGCACAAGCAUCAUUUUUUUUUUCAUCUGUCUCUUGUUUUGGAAGUGUAAACUUUUUGUUUUGGCCAUGUUUAAGAAGUAGUCCUUUUUUUGUGAGUCAGUAGUAAAUUUACUGUUUAGGUUCAUGUUUGAGUAGAACACAUCAGCUUGGAAUACAGUAUAGAAAAGUAUUAGAAGUUAGCAGUGGUGGUUGAUAUCACUGUAUCUGUGAAGGUCAAAUGACAUCUGGCUGACAAAGUACUUUACCAUCACUGUGUAUGGUCCCUCAUCCUCUGACCUUAAUAAUGUUCGAGCUCCUGAGCACAGUUAAUGACUAUAUCGUAAGAGGUGAAUCAGAGAUGGAGGGAAUUUGAGUGAAUAACUAUAGGCACUGGCCACAGGUGUGUACAGAUCCACUAGUGGUCUGGUUUCUAGCCCUACCUCAGUCUUGCCAAACAAUAACCUUCACUCUGUCUCUCAAUCUUUUUUGCAUUAAUUCAAAAUCAUUGUUAUUUUUCAAGGAAAAUAAUCAUCACAAAGACACUAAACAAACAUGACUCACUGUGUUGCUAUGAUUUUCUUGCUACAUAAAAGCUUUGUCCAUCCAAAUUAACUAUGAAAUGCUAAACGCUGGUGAGUAUCACAGCAUUAUCUUUCCAUUCUUGGACCAUCUUUGCCCUCCAGCUUCCUCAGCUAUCAAGUAAUACAUCACGUCAGAGUAACUGGUGCUUAUGACUAACUGCUGACUGAGAUGCAGAAUUUUUCUUUUGAUGACAAAUCUAUCCAUAUAAUUUUGUAUAAAUCUUUAUAUUGUAGUGUGUUCAUAUUUGUAUGCUAAUUAUCUUAGUGUGCGAGAUUCCUGUAAGUGCCUAUAAUAUACUGUGAUGCUUAUAUACAGCGCCGUCCAUGAUUACUGGCCCCACUUGUAAAGAUUAAACAGGUGAGGGGAAAAUAAUCCACCUUUGGGUAAAGUAGUUUCAUCUUGCACUGAAAAAAUGAGAAAAAUCCAAUCUUUAAUAGAAAUACAUUUAGAGAAAAACAAAUCCCUCAUUAAGAAAUAUUUUCAACAAAAACACGUGUGCUAUAGUUAUUGGUACCUCUCCAUUUAAUACUUUGUACACCCUUCCUUUGCCAGUAAAUUAGCACGGAGUCUCCUAUAACAUUUUUAUAAGGUUGGAGGUACAGAGCAGGGCAUCUGAGACCGUUCCUCUUGACACAAUCUCCCCACAUCAUCCAGGGGCCUCGACCCUCUCUUGUGCUCUUUCCUCUUCAGCUCAGCCCACAGGUUUCAAUGGGGUUCAGGUCAGGGGACUGAGAUGGCCAGGGCAGAAGCUUGAUUCUGUGGUUAGUGAAUCAUUUUAGUAUUGAUUUGGACACAUGCUUCGGAUCAGUGUCCUGCUGGAAGAUCCAAUGACGACCCAGUUUUAGUUUCCUGCAAGAGGCAGCCAGAUUGAUUGAUUUUAAAAUGUCCUGGUGUUUCAUGGAGUCCAUGAUGCCAUGUACCCUAACAAGGUUUCCAGGGCCUUUGGAGGAAAAACAGCCCCAAAACAUCACAGAACUUCCACCAGAUUGUACAGUUAGGAUCGGGUUCUUUUCAUUACAGCCAUCCUUCUUUUUACGCCAAACCCACCUUGAGUGUUUAUUGCCAGAAAGCUCCAUUUUUAUUACAUCAGACCAUAGAACAUGGUUCCAGACACAGUUGUGUUAGCGUUUUGCAAACUUCAAGCACUUACAUUUGUGGUUAACUGGCAGAAAAGGCUUUUUUUUUUUUUUUUCCUGAAAAGCCUUCCAAAUAAUCUGUUGGCGUGGAGGUGACGUCUGAUGGUGGUUUGGGAGACUUGGAAACCCCAAGAUUUUACUUUUUCUCGUAAUUCACCAACAGUAACUCUUGAAUAUAUUUUAUAUUUUUUUUAAAUAACUAUUCCCUGACUUAUCGAGGUCAACACACUUCUCCCUCAUUUGGUUUGUGUGUUCUCUUAUCUUUCUCGUUUUGAUGGAUGACUAAGGGAAUCUGGCCUCUGUCACCUCGUAUUUGUCCUCUAGUUAAUCAGGAAGUCAUGGAUUACAGCUUGAAAGCUUCUACACACACCAACCAACUCAAAAUGUACAAUUUUUAAAUGGGAAACACGCUUCAGUUACAUUGUGUUUUUGUUGAAAAUAAUUUAUUUCUUGAUGAGGGAUUUUUCUCUGAAUACAUUUAUUUCAAUUAAAGGUUGGAUUUUUUUUUUCAGUGUGAGAUGAAGUUACUUCACCAAAAGGUGGAUUUUUUUUUUUCUAUCCCUUUUUACUAAUCUUUACAAGGGGUGCCAGUAAUCAUGGAGGGCACUAUAUGUCUGUUCAAAGAAGUUUAGUCAUCUUGGUCAAACCAGAUGUACAUGUGUACUUUUGUUUUGCUUUGUUGGUGACGAAACAGUUAUGUGAGCCAUUCAGCCGUACAAGUAGCUAUGCACUUUACUGUUAUUGAUUUAAAGUGUGUUGUUUUGGAGAAACAUGGAAUCUGAGAGGUUAUGCCUUAGAGUAUCAUCAUUACUUUAUUAACUUUAUUGUGUACCACUUCAUGAUUUCUAAAUUCCUCUGGAAGUUACUGGUUAUAUAAAUAUUUCACAUCACACUGCUCUGAGGAGUUUAACAUUUUCAAAACAAAUUCAAUAAAUAAUUGUGGAUAGAAACAGCAA